CCCUUUCGAGAAUGUCAGUGCAAUUUAAAACGCACGGGAUGGCCGCCAUGUUCUGUUGGUCGUUUCUUUACGUGGCGGGUUACAACAAAGAGUUCCUAGAUCGCCCUGUGGUCACUGUGCCUUCACCAGUCAGACUCGUGGAGCCUGUUGGAAGCGAAGUACGUCUUCGGUGUUGCAGUAAGGGAAGGCAAGGGUUUUCAUAUCAAGAGCAUUGCAAAUCCCAUGAUGUUGUGUGGCAUUACAAGAGAUGUGGGUCUGGGUACAAUUCCACACCAUGUCAGUCCUUAUCAAGUAAUGAUUCGUGGACAGCCAUAUGUGGAAAUGACAAUAACCCAUGUCAAGCCACUUUAGUUCUGAACAUAACCACAGAGGGAGACAAUGGGCUGUAUCGCUGUUCCAUGUCUCAUCGAAACAAGACAUCAAAGAAUUUCAGAGUCACUCAGACUUAUGAACUGGAAAUUGUAGAAAUGCUUGGUGCUCCAGAAAUCCUGGAAGAACAGCCAAGCAAUGUGACUGUUCAGAAAGGGAAACCUGCUGUUUUCCAGUGUCGUGUUCACAGUAAAGUUCGUCCAAAUUUGUAUUGGCUUCGACGGACAGAUGGCAGAACUUCUAAUGAUGUCCUAAUACCUUUGCUAAAUGACACAUAUGAGCUCAUGAAUUCAAGUGGAGAACGGCAUUUGCCAGGCGAAGUUUACCUAAGUAAGUUAAUCCUACCUCGGAGCUCCAAACGUGACAGCGGGUACUACACAUGUCUGGCAGUCAAUGGCAAAGGAUUUGAUUACAGAGGUGCAUACUUGACAGUCCUAACACAUACAACAGAAGAGAGUGUGCCGUCGUCAUCUCUUCCACUGCUGUUCCUCAUCCCUGCUGCUCUCAUAUUAGUACCAAUGAUGGUUUGGGUGUGCUGCCAGUGGAAACAACGCUGCAAAAGAAACUGCCCCCCACCACAUUCCCAACAUGAUACUACAAUUAUCACUGAAGCAGUACUUCAUAAUAAGCCUGUGCAUAAACAGCAGAGAAGUAAUGAGAAUGGCUUCAAAUACACGCCAGUCAGCACCACAGGCUACUGUUCAAAUGAAUUCCGACGGAACUGUAGUCACAUGCAGAUGAUCCAUUUAAAACUGUACCCUUGUAGCAUCAAGGCAGUAACUCUUACUCAUAUCUCUCAAAACAUGGUCAAUAGGAUUGAGGCAUGUAUUCAGAACAAUGCAGGACACUUCCUGCAUCAUAUGUGAACAUAUAUCAUAAUGUUCAGUGAGACAUAAAGUACACUGUUUCCUCUUUUGGUACAGCUUUAGAUUACUGCACAUCUUAGAAUAGUGUCAAAACGUGAAGUUUUAUGUGCUUCCAUGAUCUCAGAAAUGGUAUUUUGGACUUACAUCACAGUCCAACUUAAGAGUGCCAGUGAUCUGAUUAUGUUUCUCUUAAUCUACUUCCAAGUUUCUGUUGCACAUGAUAAAAUAACGAGUACACUAUAUUCCUGAAUAUAUGAUUUGUGGCUUGUCUAUUUAUUCAUUUUAGAUGUGUUCACAACCCAGCAGAGCACUUUCUAAAUUCACCCUGUCCAUCGUCUGUAUACAUGAACCAACUUUAGAACUGUGGGAACCACCCACAUUUGAGUCAAGUACUAGCCAAUCACAGGCUAGGAACCAUUCACUGCUAAGCAAUAUGUGACAACAAUGGGUGUCUGUCGUUAGGCAACGGACAUGUUUUCUAUAGGUCUGACUCGAGGUUACUUGUACAUAUGUGGAAGAUAUAGCGAUAGAGAGAAGUUUACUGCUGACUGUGACUUCAGAGAGAAUGCCCCACAUAACCCUGCAAGUGUCAUACAGUAAUAAAGAUAUGGUCUUAAGCCCCAGAUCGAUGCUUUAUUCCAAGACAGAUUGGCCGACUGACCAUCAAUCAUAACAUAACUUUGACUUUGAAUUAGAGAGAAGCGUUAUUAUUCUUCACUCUGCUUAACAACAACCAGAAGCCUUAAAUUCUUCAAACAUAAGUUCAUCUGUAUAUUCUGUAUAACUACAAUAAAUAUUAUUAUAGCAGUUUAAUAAGCGGUUGUCUCCACAUACAAUAACAUCCCACAUUGGUGACCCCAAUGUGAUUUGAAUAGACUUUCAUGAAAUUUUAUACUGGACAAUUUUAUGACAAAUUGUCAAAGACAUUUCAAUUUUGAAUCAGAUCAAACAAUUUUAAUGACCGUUUACAUGAAAACCUACUUAUGCCACAGCCCAUAUAUGGAGCAUAGCUUGCUAAAUAUUUAUUGGUGUGAAUAAUAUUUAGAACAAAAUUUGUAGUGAAAAAUGAAACAUAUUUUGUGGUCAGUACACUUGUCCUGUAAGUCAUACAGUUUUGAAGAUAGUUAACUCAGACCCUAUGGAUAUGUCAAAAUAUCUGUAUUCAACAAUAUCUUAGAUUAUCUGAUUUUUUUAUUUAUUUGCCUUUGCCCCUUCAUUAGCAUGGACGGUUAGAAGUAUAAGGUAAUGUACUGUAUGUAACAUAUAUGUAUUAUUUUCUAAAAGUAUCCCAGUUUCAAAAUGUGUUUUUAGUAGUGUGGCAGAACUUUCUGCCUCCACAUAUAGUCCUCAUUUCUGCGGAUAAUUUUAAUAUCCAUGAUUAAGAGUUGAUAUUGCCCAUACAGGCAUUAUUAAUUGAUUUAUUUUUGCUCUGUCACGUGUGAGGGAAGAUACCUACAAGAUCACUUGCAGGGUUUCAGUGCACUGAUGUUUAAGUUUAUGAUAAGAUUAUAUGUGUUUUGCAUCAGCAUACAAAGAAGCCUACAUAUGAUUUAAUAAAUGUUACAGAAUAUUUUCAGCUGUGAACUGUAUAUGAUACAUAUGUAACAGAUAAGGUUUAGCUGCUAGACUUGCAAGCCGAGUCACAUUACAGUUUGUUACCCAUUGUUCCUUUUAUGAGAUUCACUUCAUAAAAAU